AUGCACGCAUCUGAUUCGCAUAUAGCGAGUAGUAUGCCUUACGCAUUACGCUUCCACCGCGAGGGCCAUUACGUGGAAUUCCUCGAAACGCACGAAAAGCCCCAGCCCUACAAUUACCCUCUCGGCAUUAACAAUACCUAUAUACAACUGGAAAGCAAGCACAGUUACGAGGCGCUGUUCAGGGCAGUGUGGCGGAACUAUUUUGGCGCACAAGUAUUUUCCUCCGUUUUUCUGGUCGGGGAAAAUGUGUUGAGGCAGAUUUUCGAGACUCAGAGAGCAGAGAUUGAAAAAUUUCUGGAAAAGAAAUACGACCUAUUAAUUAUCGACGAGAUUUUCUCGAUUUUGGGCUAUGGAUUGGGGUUGAAAAGAAGAGAAGAAGGCAUACCAUUUCUAACCAUGGCCUCUUGUGCAAGCACCAACAUUAUGCAACAUCAUUUAUCACUGGGAAACAACUUUAUCACCAGACCGAGUUAUUUUGGCCUUCCGACUAAACAAUUUGAUCCGGCGCGUUUUAGCAGCCGGCUGGACACUUUUUGGGAGUCUGUCUCCGACCUCCUACUCGUCGAACACGCGCUGCAGAACCACGCCCAGGAGGGUGUUAAAAAUCUAGGACUUGCUGGAUUUGAGUACAAAGAUAUUGCUCGGAAAACUUCGUUCUACCUCUAUGAUGAGAUUACUUUUUUGGUGGGAUCCGAGACGUUGCUCGUGGGAUUCCAUUGCGCUAAAUUCGCAACUUUGUCUGGAGAAUACUUGGAACAUGUUGAGCAUCCGGGAUCCAAGGGAACAAUUCUAAUCGCUUUCGGCACGAAUGUCAAGUGGGAAUUCGCUCCAGCAGAGCUGAUUUUAGCUUUCGUCGAUGCAUUAAAUUCAUUACCAGAAUUUCGGGUGAUCUGGACCUACAAUGGGCUGCCUGAACACGUGAAGGACCUAAAGUCACAUGUCCUACUGACAAAGUGGGCACCACAGAAGGAGAUUUUGAAACAUGAGAAAACGGUGGCCUUCGUCUCACACGGCGGGAUGAAAAGUGUAAAGGACACAAUCUGCGCCGGAGUUCCUGUCGUUUUCAUGCCAAUUCUGGCUGAGCAAAGUUUGAAUGCGGAAAUGUGCCGGCAAGCAGGUUUCGGUGUCACCUUGGCAAAAACGGAAGUGACCGUAGAAAAAUUACGAGAUGCACUUUUGACAGUGACAGCCCUCCUACAAAGCGGCAAUGCUCAAAUUCCAAUCAUUCUAUUUCGACCGGCCAAUCGAUUCACUAGACCACGCAACGUGGGCGGUGAACCGAGCCAUGGCCGUCGCGCCACGAUUCCCGACUUU